AUGUACGAAAUCCGCCCCGCCGGUCCCAAAGGACUCGGUGUCUUCGCCAAAUCACUCAUACCUAUCGGUACACGCAUAUUCUCCGAACGACCCCUCAUAUCCCUGCAUCCCAAUCAAUCCGCCUCAGACAUCUACACCCUCUCCCGUUUACUCUCUCCCUCGCAGCGCUCGCAACUCUUGUCCCUCUCUUCUCACAUUACCACCUCGUUGAGAUUCAUGAGAUGGAACCAAGCAAUUUACUACACCCUGAAAUCCUUCUCGAAGAAUUUCCCUUUCUUACUCCCGAGAUACUGCCAUUUCGAACCUCAGCGCCCUGCUUCACCGAGGAAUUCAAUCUCGGAACAUGUGAGGAUCUUGAGUAUUUUCCGGAGUAAUGCGUUUAAUCUUUCGACGGAGAAGAUUUAUCAGGCUGUUUUUCCGGGGAUUUCGAGGAUUAAUCAUGAUUGUGUGCCGAAUGCGCAAGGGAAUUGGAAUCAGGGGAUGGAGAGGUUUAAUGUGCAUGCGACGAGGGAUAUUGAGGGAGGCGAAGAAGUUACUUUGAGUUAUCUUGGGGAGGUUGGAGCUAUUAGGGAGAGGAGGGGGCAAGAUCUGGGGAGCGGGUACGGAUUUGAAUGUGGAUGUCAAGCUUGUGAUCUUGAUUCCGAGGUGGGAAGGAGAGGAGAGGAAAAUAGAGCGGGAAUCAAGCAUCUGCUUCAGAAGUAUGCUGAGGGUGUUUCAAGUGGUGGACAGAAGUGUGGUGAGCAGGAACUGAAGGUGUUGAUGGCCUUUCUGCGGAUGUUGGAGGGUGAGGGUGUUGCAGGGAGAGAAGUGGCCAGCAUGUAUCUGGAGGCUGCGAGGCUGAACGAGAGCAUGGGAAGGAUGGAGAAAGCUUUGAAGUGUGCUCGCAGAGCCGAGGAGGUUGACAGAGCUUGUUUGGGUAUUGACCACGAGACGUACUUGGCAACGAACGAGGUUGAUUCGGUAAUUUCAUCGGCCAUCGAGCAAUUCGAGUACCAGUCGCUCAUCGUCCUCUAG